UGUUCCAUAUAUAAGUGCGCGAGAUCUCAGGUCAUUCGUCCACCGGUACCCGGCUGGCGAAGCACACACUGUACACACUUAGGCAGGAAAAGAGCCUGUCAACAUGAGGGGUACCGUUCUUCCCCUUACCCUGGGGAUUUUAAUUUUGGGGUCCGUCCCCGGAGUGAUGCCAGAUGGUCACGGGGGUUCAAAAGAUAGUGCACAAAUGGAGGACAUGAUGAAACAAAUGGACCCUUACGAUGCCCUGCAAGAAAUUAUCGGUGAUCGCAAAGCUGCCGGGAAGGGAUGUAACUAUAUGAAGGCACAGCUUUGUUUCCUGGGAAUGGCAGAAGCAACCGUCAAAAUCCUGGGUGGAGACAUGUCUCGAGAGGACAAGAAGAUGACCUGCGGGCAGGUACAUCACCACCAGGAAUGCAUAGAGGAGAGUAUGUCGGCCUGUCCCGAAUCGGACAUGGACUGGCUUGGUAUGCGGGCCUUAGAACCUUACGUACCCCUCCUUUCCAGUGUAGCCAGCACCGUCUGUAUGGAAGAUUCAGAACGGAAAGAUAUGGAUGGUUGCGACAUGGAAACGGCAGGACACUGUCUCAUGGGUUUCUUCUACGUAGCAGCAGAUGCCUCUACACUUUCGACAUGCUGGCAGUCUCUCCACUCCAGUGGUUGUUUGGAAUCAGCACUGAGGGAAUGCAAAAACCCUCAUGUCCAGCGAAUGAAGGCAAUUAUCACCAACCAAAUACGUCUGACUGCAUCACUCACAUGUGUUGAACCAUCGUGUAAUCCAGAUGUUGCAUACGAAUGUCUCAUGUCGGCCAAGUAUGCAGCAGACUCUCCACUGGCUACAACAUACAAGUCUCCAAUCUUGUGCGGAACAUUUAUGAAUGCUUUAACCUGUGCUGUAAACAACACCAUUGGAUGCGGCAAGGAUGAACACUUUAGUGAGCUUGCCAAUGGAAUUCUACACCUCCACAAAGCUAUCAAAGUAGUCUGCCCUGCAGAUAGUAACUCUGAUGUUCCGGAAAAUGCCCUCACACAGAAUGCUAUAGCCAUGAUGGCCCUCUCAGAGAGCCCAUUCAUCCUCCCUGAAACUUUCUGUCCUUAUUAUAAAUAUGGAGUACAUGAACUGAUGAAAACAUCACUGAAAGAAUUUUCUUUGGGAGAUAUUAUGAAUACGAAGAUGGUAGUCAACAGCGUUGUAGGGGAUUACUGCAAGAAGGAUAUGGAGAUGGAUGAUUGUGAGAGGUGGCAGAUGGAUGAACCCAUCUGCGAUGUUUCUCAGGCUGAGAUGUGCGUCGGUAUUGCAGAACUGUCCUUCCUUUUAUCUGAAAUUGAUGUUAUUGGCAAAGAAACUGUAUGCCAGGAAGUCCACAAGCUGGCAAAGUGUGUAAACAGUAAGAUAUCAGGCUGCAGAAUGGAUCAACUACCACCUGCCAACUUUAGUUUCUGGUACAUCCUCGGUGAAGUGGCAGAGUUCUGUCCCCUACAAGACCUCCUUUCGUCGUCCUCAUGUAAUCAGGGCAAAUGUCAGACUAUGGUGGCUCUGGAUCAGUGCUUCCCAAUGGUGUCAGCGGAUGAUUUAAAGAGUGGAGAAUCCUGCAUGAUGAUAGAGAAGACUAUGAAGUGCUUGAAGCAUUACACCAGUAGCUGUGUCAUGUCUAUGGGCAUGGUUCCUCUGGUCUACACUGCACACCAUUACCUUAUGGAGCAUUAUUUGUUAUUCAAUAUAGAAGAUUGA